GGAGCUCGACAGACAAGUACAUAAUUGUAGACUAACAAGCUAGCUAGAAGACAGCCUACUUAGGUAAGCUUCUAUAGCUAGCUAGCUAGCUAGGAUAGCCAUGCUGGCAAAUUUGGGGCGGGGCUGUUGCUCUCCGAAAAUGAACUCUGAGCUAUGUGAUCUUUGACCCCCCCUUUGAGUGUUUUUAUUUUUAUUGUCAGCAUUUUCAGUAUUUAAUUAAAGUGCUAGCUAGCCUACCCAUGGGGGCAAAUUCAUCAGUAGGGUCUGAGCAAGACCGGGAUAGAGUCCUGAGGAGAGUGAGUCCACAGUUCUCCCAGGAUGAGGGACAAGCUAUCAAGAAACUGUUUGUGGCCAUAGCAGGUCCUGAGAGGAAUGUGUAUGUGGAGGCCAGCCUGAAGGCCUAUAUUCAGCAGUCGAGAACCCAUCUCUCCUCAGGGGGUGUGUCAGGAUUAUUCCAUGCUCUACUCGGUCUAUAUUCACAGACGGAUGUUCCUCAACAAUCAUUCGAAUUUUUCGCACAACACACGUGCAUAUUUCUCAAAGGGGCUCUACAAGAUAAGGCCGAACGAUUGUACAUUUUCUGCUCUGGUGGGUCUGCGUCGUUGACAAAGAGUUCUCUAGAAACAAGUUUGAUUGAACUAAUCAAAGUUUCCAGUGAGAGUCAAUUUGUGACAGAAGUGUGCCCACACUUAGCCAAUUUUUCAAGCGAUUUAGAGAGUGUACAGCGACUAUCUUCAUUCUUAUUAAACAACUUUCCCGACGACAAAGACUUCAAAAUUUCUCAAAGCUCAUUCGAAGAAUGGAUAUCGAAAUCAGAAAUUUCCCAAAAAAUUUGUCAUCUCGCUUUUUCGUGUAUUUUCUACCAAGAGGCACCGCCUACUUCGAGUGUUUUAUCAGAGUUUAAAACGAGUCCUCUUGUCCCCACGAAAACCACCCACCCCCUUAUUCGUGAGAGGUUCUCGUCACAACUGUUAGACCACUCCUCUCUCACUCUGCUCAGUAACUUUAUUCCGACCGACCUACGUGGUCAACUGUAUCCUCUGUUUUCCAGUUUUCGUCACGGGGAGAGUUAUUCGAUGUUCUGUAAACAGCUGGUCGGUUGUCAAGGGCCCACUCUGAUUGUUGUCAAGGAUACGAAUGGCUACUUGUUUGGAGCAUUCGCUGCUGAGAACUGGCAGUUUGGCCCAAAGUUUAAAGGCAAUGGCAACUGUUUCCUGUUCACACUGUCACCUGUCAUGGGUGUCUACCUCCCCUCAGGGUAUAACGAGAACUACAUGUACCUCGAGCAAAAUGCACAGACUCUACCAAAUGGACUAGGUAUGGGUGGUCAGAUGGAGUACUUCGGGCUGUGGUUGUCAGCUGACUAUGGUCAAGGACACAGCAAAGCCAAACCAAAGUGCUCCACUUACAAUAGCCCCAGGCUCUCAAAAGAAGAAGAGUUCAAUGUUCAACUGCUGGAGGUGUGGGGAGUGGGAGACCCAGUAUUACCAGAGGAGGUUGACAGUGGUCCCAGUAUUCUAGACAAAGACGCAGCAGCCAGUGCUCUGCUGGAAAUGGCCGGCAAGAAGCUGUACAGUAAAGACAUUCGACAAGCUCCUGACGACAGUUGAUGUGCCUUGCAUACAUGGACAUAAGUCACAUUAUACAUUUCCCUCUGAACUAUAUAUUUUGAUUUUUAAUGCUGUUGUGUGACAUUGUGCACAGAGUGUAUUUAUAACCAUGAUUAUGAAAGAGAGCACAACUGUUACAUAAGAGCUGGUGUCGGAGUGCAUGUGUCGUUUUGAUGUGGUUAUGUAAGUCAAUCUUUACGAGUCAACAAUAAUGGCUGCAAGAUCUUUUAUGAUGCGAGCUAGCAAGACCACAGUUCAAGACAGAGCUGCUGGUGCCAUCAUGGGUGCCAUGGUUGGAGAUGCUCUUAGCCUCGGAUGUCAUUGGUAUUAUGAUCUGGACCAACUCAAGAGAGAGUAUGGAGAAUGGAUCAAUGAUUACACUACAGCCAAACCUGGUCACUAUCAUUAUGGCUGCAAGGCUGGAGACGUCUCGCAAUCAGGCCAGCUGUUUCAGUACCUCCUAGAGACGCUGAACGAGAAAGGAGAAUACUCAGACGAGGAUUACUGCCAGAGAGUCGAUGGUCUCCUGGCAACUCUGGAUGGAACGAGAGAAGGAGGGAGGUAUACUCAGAAAGACAUGCGCGAUGUUUGGAGAAACAGAGUGGUAAUGAAGAAACCUUGGGAGAAAAGUGCAAGUUUGUUUGGAGAUACGACUGACUCGUUUGUACGUGCUGUCGCUCUAGCUGCUCGAUAUCACAGUGAUUUCCCAACACUCAUUAAGAAAAUUGUCUCUAAUACUCGAUUGCAGUAUCAAGAUCAACAGAUCCAAAUCCACAGCAUUGCAUAUGGCCUCACUGUUGCAUGCCUCAUCUUGGGUGUUGACUACAAGCGUGUAACUGGCCAUUUGAUGAACUACAAGGGCAUCAUUUCGUCCACCAUUGGGAGUGAGCUCGGGAGAGAUAGUGAUCAAGAUGUUCCUGAGCCAGACUCUCUUAUUUGGACAGCAUACGCAGCACAGGCUGUUGUCAAUCCUGAUCUACAAAUCAAGUCUGCUCGAAAUGCUCCUCAAAUGUACGGCCUAGCCUGUGCCUAUUAUAUGGUUCUCCCUGGGGCCUACUACCUUGCUGCUCGUUUCCCUGAUAACUUUGAGACAGCUGUACUGACUGCAGUGAACAGUGGGGGACAGAACCUGGCCAGAGCAUCUCUGACUGGAGGGAUGGUGGGAGCCAUUACUGGUCUGUCUUCAUUCCCAGAGCGCUUCAUCAAGGGACUCACUGAUGGAGACAAGUGGGUCGAGGUGGCCAAGAAGAUUGCCCAAGAUGGAGCCAAGAAAUAAGAAAUGUAGCUACUUCAUUUUUUAGUGUAUGUGCUGUAUUGUGUGGGUGUUGAAAUUCUACCACAAACACCCACACAAUAAUAAUAUAAUGUUAAAUCACCUGAUUAUGAUUAACGAUCUUUACCAACUGA